UGUGACAGCAGGGACAUGUCCCGCGAGCUACAGGACGUGGACCUCGCCGAGGUGAAGCCUCUGGUGGAAAAAGGGGAGACCAUCACUGGCCUCCUGCAAGAGUUCGAUGUUCAGGAGCAGGAUAUUGAGACCCUACAUGGCUCCCUGCAUGUCACACUGUGUGGGACCCCCAAGGGCAACCGUCCAGUUAUCCUCACCUAUCACGACAUCGGCAUGAACCACAAGACCUGCUAUAACCCCCUCUUCAACUCUGAGGACAUGCAGGAGAUCACACAACAUUUUGCUGUCUGCCAUGUGGAUGCCCCUGGUCAACAGGAUGGUGCCCCUUCCUUCCCAGUGGGGUACAUGUACCCUUCAAUGGAUCAGCUGGCUGAAAUGCUUCCUGGAGUCCUUCACCAGUUUGGGCUCAAGAGUGUCAUUGGCAUGGGGACAGGAGCUGGCGCCUACAUCCUGACCCGCUUUGCACUCAACAACCCUGAGAUGGUGGAGGGCCUCGUGCUCAUGAAUGUGAACCCCUGUGCUGAAGGCUGGAUGGACUGGGCCGCCUCCAAGAUCUCAGGAUGGACCCAAGCCCUGCCAGACAUGGUGGUGUCCCACCUCUUCGGCAAGGAGGAGAUGCAUAACAACGUGGAGGUGGUGCACACAUACCGCCAGCACAUCCUCAACGACAUGAACCCCAGCAACCUGCACCUAUUCAUCAGCGCCUACAACAGCCGACGGGACCUGGAGAUUGAGCGGCCAAUGCCUGGAACCCACACCGUCACCCUGCAGUGCCCUGCUCUGCUGGUGGUUGGGGACAACUCUCCUGCCGUGGAUGCUGUGGUGGAAUGCAACUCCAAGUUGGACCCCACGAAGACCACCCUGCUCAAGAUGGCAGACUGUGGCGGCCUCCCACAGAUCUCUCAGCCCGCCAAGCUUGCUGAGGCCUUCAAGUACUUUGUGCAGGGCAUGGGCUACAUGCCCUCUGCCAGCAUGACCCGCCUGAUGCGGUCCCGCACAGCCUCUGGCUCCAGUGUCACAUCCCUGGAGGGCCCCCGCAGCCGCUCCCAUACCAGUGAGGGGUCCCGUAGCCGCUCUCACACCAGCGAGGGGUCCCGUAGCCGCUCCCAUACCAGUGAGGAUGCGCGUCUCAACAUCACCCCCAACUCGGGUGCCACCGGGAACAAUGCCGGGCCCAAGUCCAUGGAAGUGUCCUGCUAGGCAGUCUGUGCAUCAGUCAUCCUGGACUGGUGGUCUCUCCCUUAGCCCCCAACCCCUGCCUACCACCCUGCGCUAAUGCGUAUUAAUCUAAAGCUGCUUUUGUAAGAAUGAACUCUGGCCGUGGCAGACCCGGGCUGUUCAGGCUGCCACCUGGGAUCAGAGUGGGUGGUGGUGGACAAAGGCAAGAAGCAGUUCAGUGUUCUGUUCUGCUAACGAGUGGCCUGGUGGCCCCUCUCUCUACCCUCAGACACCAAACUGCCAAAACUAAGAAACAUACAGCUGUAACACUGCCUGGCCCCAAGCCCAGGCCGAUCCAGCAUCCUGGUUCAUAGGCAUUUUGCCAGUCCUCUGCUUCCUGUUUCCUCCCCCACUAAACUCAUUCCUGGAAACAAACUUAUUUCUAAUUUGAAAGGGGAGCAAGGCAGGGAAGUUGGUUGGGCGCCUUAUUUUAAGAAGAAAAAACAGGAUAGGGAGAAAAAGAGGCAGGAUCUAGGGCAGACAGAAGAAAACCAAGUCCACCCAGUUUACUUGAAGGAAUUGGUUUUCGAGUUCUGGAUGCUGACACCCUGCAGCCUGUUUCUCUGAUACCCUUGUAACAUGCAAGGGAGACCGGCAACAAACUCCUAGCUUUAUAAAGAAAGUGAUCCAGCAAAUAUUGGGUGUCACCGUGGUUCAAGACUCCAGCUCUGCCCCGCUGUCCCUGGCUCCCAUCCCACAGUGUGAAUAAGUGGGUGAUACCUUUGUCCCUGGGGAAGAGAGUUGUGAUUUGUAGUUGCAUUCUUUGAGACAGAGAACUCAACAGGUGACAGUGGUCCUUGUCUGGGAUGAGUCUCUAGCCUGGGGAGGGCUGGGGAUGUAGUAGGCAUGAGAUUGGUCAACUAAUAUAAGGGUCCAAGUGCUAGAAUCUGGUGGGUGUGAUUCCCGUGAACACCAGCCUGUGACCUGGAAUCUUGUGUGAUUGAGUCAAACCUUGCCUCCCAGUAUUGACAUCUGGGGUUGGCUCUAAACUUGAUAGCUAAAUGUCUGCCAACUGGACCAUUGCUGGAUCUUCAGAGAGAACCAUGUGCUCUGGUGGGGGAUGAGCUGAGAAGGUGGUUUCGGAAUCAGUAUAUUCCAUGGGAACUCGCUUCCGUCUCCUGCUGCCCCCUCUUCCUGCCCUUCCUGCUGACUGGGUUAGUAGCACUGGCCUUUUUAAGCGAUGCCAGCCUAAUGCCCACGCCCUGUACUACUACUGCCUUUUGAUUCUCACUGUGGCUGACCUUGGACUCUCCUAUAGGAAAUGUGAUCAGAUCAGAAACACCUGACCAUUGGGAGGCAGUCAUCAAGGCCUGGGGAGUUCCAGGACCUUGGAGUUGCUAGAGGAAGGUAGUCACGCCCUAUAGGUGGCAUGAGAGGCAAAAUACUCAGUUGAUCCACCAACUCCUACCAUGGAGGCUUCCUCCAACCUUGUGUAGAAAGAUCAGGGAUCCAGCCCAGGGUGCCUGGAUGCAUACAAGAAUCCAUUGUACAUGUCUUUCCAGGGCAGUUUCUUAAUGAGAUGUUUGUAUUUAUUUCCAGACCAAUAAAUUUGUAACUUUGCAGUG